CAGGAAGCAACAUAAACCGACAACAUGAGCGCCCCGCAAUCUGCCACCAGCGAGCUGCCUACGCGCUCGUUCACCAACGCAUCGGACGCUGAGGCUGUCCCCGGAGAGGACACCUGGGCUACAGGUCACAAGGCUCUUUGCUGAGCGCCUGCAGGCGUGGAAGCAUGCCACCUCAUACCUCGAAGACUACGUCACAGCGACCGAGAAGACGCACCAUGCACACGGAAAGGAGUACGAGAGGAUCCUGAAGACUGUCAAGGACCCCUUGAAGCAAGGACACCACUUUGACCAGUCGCUGGGCGGAAUCGCAGGCAUGUUUGAGAACAUCAGGUCCAACACACAGGGAAUGUCCAACCAGCACUAUGAGACGGAGAAGCAGCUCAAGGCUGUCAUCCUGCCCAUCUUCGACCGCCUCCACACCGAGAUCAAGAACAAGAGCAAGGAGCUCACAAAGGGUGCUGGAAAGGGAAGCAAGCAGGUUGACAAGGCGCGCGCCAGCACACAGAAGCACAUUGAGCUGCUCGGACAGCACACAGCCACGUUCGAGUCGCACGGCGGCAAGAUGACCGCGACAGACGACCCAUACAUCCUGCAGCGUGGUGUCAUGCACCGCCUGAACAAGCAGGUCCAGGAGGAGAACAACAACCGACAGGACCUUAUCAGUGUGCAGAACUCGUUCGCUCAGUUCGAGGCACACAUCAUCCAGACUAUCCAGCAUGGCUUGGGCCAGUUCAUGCAAGUCGUCAACACCCAGGCUGAGCAGACCAAGAACGCGUACGGAGACAUCGUCGGAACCGCACAGCGCAUUCCAUUGGACUUUGAAUGGAACGGCUUCAUUCAGCGCAACAACCAGGUCCUCAUCGACCCCUCGUCUUCAGCCCGCACAGUGCAGAGCAUCAACUUCCCUAACCAGAACCAUCGCUCUACCCAGCCAUUGAUCUCCGGCUCUCUCGAGAAGAAAGGCAAGAUCAUGCGCUCCUACGACACCAACUACUACGUCGUCACCCCCUCCAAGUUCUUGCACGAGUUCAAGACCGACGACGACUUCGCCAAGGACCCCGUGCCCGAGCUCUCCCUCUACCUACCCGACUGUGUUGUCGGCGCUGUCAGCGGCCAGAAGUUCAACGUUAAGGGCAAGGACGUGUCCAAGGGCAAGCUCGGCAACACAUUCUCCAUGAACCACGAAGUCGCGUUCAAGGCACACACCCCUCAGGCUGCGCAGCAGUGGUGGGAGGUAAUCAGCCAGGCUGCAGGUCAGGUCACCACUGAGGUGCCCGCCACUAGCCCUACUAGCCCCGUUGCUGGCCACAACAGCCUGAACGAGGGUGCGCACGCCCCGAUUGCCGAUCAAAAAACUCCUGCGCCCCUCCAGACCCAGGACCUUCAGCAGACACCUACACGUGGUACGACUGGAAGCGUGCCAGGAAGCGCUGCUCCUGCUAGCGCUGGACCUCACAGCGCUGGCGUUGCCCCUACCAGCGGCAUCCCUGGUGAGCCUGGCAAGUACUAGGUACAGACACAUGAUUGAUUAGAUGAAUGUCGCUGGAGAGAUGGGAAGCCCGUUGCACAGCGUAGUGUUUGAAGUUGUAUAGCCCCAUACCCUAAUAAUGAAGAUACCACGAGUCAGUACGCAAAUCGACACAUAGUAUACCAUUUCACAACUUUUGUCUUCCAGUGUCUCCCGCUGUGCCCUUACCUAAAUCGAUUAAAGGCAAAAAUUCCAUCCAAUGUC